AUGACUCUCCUAACUGAGGAUAAGCCCCGUGGCUUCCCCAAACCAGGCAGCCGCACUACAGCAGUGGAGCCCCACUCAGUGAGCAACAUGUCCAAAGGGGCCUGUGAGCACGGCAGAGGGUCGGGCAUGCCACCUGAGCCUCCACGGAGGACUCGGGGUCAGCUUAUCAUGCACGCCAUGGUAAUGUUUGGGAGGGAGUUCUGCUACGCGGUGGAGGCAGCGUUUGUCACACCUGUGCUGCUUAGCGUGGGGCUGCCGCGGAGCCUCUACAGCCUGGUGUGGCUUAUCAGCCCCUUGCUGGGCUUCACUCUGCAGCCGGUCAUUGGCUCGGCAAGUGACUAUUGCAGAUCCUCAUGGGGCCGCAGGAGACCCUACAUCCUCUCCCUGGGAAUUAUGAUGAUGAUGGGAAUCACUAUGUUUCUCAAUGGAGAUGCGGUGAUAACAGCUUUAAUGCCAAGCAGGGGUGUGAGGAAGAUCUGGGCCAUAGUACUGGUCAUGAUUGGAGUGGUGCUCUUUGACUUUGCAGCAGACUUCAUAGAUGGGCCUGUGAAAGCUUAUCUGUUUGAUGUGUGCUCUUACAAAGACAAGGAGAAAGGUCUUCAUUAUCAUGCCCUAUUUACAGGUCUGGGUGGAGCCUGUGGCUACCUAACUGGUGCAAUGGACUGGGGCCACUCUGCUCUGGGAGCCCUGCUGGGCUCCGAGUACCAGGUGAUUUAUUUCUUCUCGGCGCUGACAUGGACCUUCUUCCUCACUCUGCACCUCUUCAGCAUCCCUGAGAUGCCUCUGUGCAAGCAGCUUGUGUCUGACCCCUUCGGGCUGGCCACUCCCCUGCUGGACACAGAUGGCACCGCCUACGGCACGACCACACCCAAGGAGCCACCACCCUUGCCAGAACUCCGCCCCCGUGCCUUCUCUGCGCUCAACGAGGCCAACUCCAUCACAUCCAGUGUCAACAGAGAGGUACAGAAGAGAAUGACUCUAAAAUCUUUACUAUCAGCCAUGGUCAACAUGCCCAGUCAUUACCGUUGCCUGUGUAUAAGUCAUCUGCUGGGCUGGACUGCUUUCUUGUGUAACAUGCUCUUCUUCACUGACUUUAUGGGGCAGAUUGUGUAUAAGGGAAACCCAUAUGCAGCUCACAAUUCCACUGCAUAUACCACCUAUGAGAGGGGCGUUGAGAUGGGCUGCUGGGGUCUGUGCAUCAAUGCUGUGUCCUCCGCUCUCUAUUCCUAUGUACAGAGACUGCUGCUGCCAUGCAUUGGCCUGAAGGGACUCUACUUUUUAGGCUACUUUGCAUUUGGUCUGGGUACCAGUCUGAUCGGCUUGUUUCCUAAUAUAAUUUCCACAUUGACGCUGUGCGGUGCGUUCGGUGUGAUGUCCAGCACCCUUUAUACCAUUCCAUUCAACCUUAUCACAGAGUACCACAAGGAGGAGGAGAAUCAGAGAAGACAGGGUAAUCACGACCCCUCUGUCCUGGGCCGUGGCACAGGUGUGGACUGUGCUGCCAUUACCUGCAUGGUCCAGCUAGCUCAGAUCAUAGUAGGAGCUGGACUCGGGGCUCUGGUUAACCUGGCUGGCAGUGUUGUGGUAGUGGUCUUAUCAGCUUCAACCAUGUCCCUCAUUGGCUGCCUCUUUAUUGCUCUCUUCAUAAAGUGUGUAGAUUAA